CUGGAGGUUCAGGGGCCGAUGAGUGUUAGUUACAAGCGUGGGUAACCAUCGGCGAGAAGAUACUUGCGUCUCGCGCGUUGCGGCCGGUGCCGUUGAGUUGGCCUCAUCCAGAGAGAAUCGCGUGGCGCGAAACGCGAAGUUAGGUUACCUAGAUUCCAGAUUCGACGCUUCUCUGGGCCACCUCUCGGAAGGAUCGAGUCGCCGAAGCUAAGGAUGAGAUCGAUUUUUUCAGGAAGGUGGCGCGAUUGCCCGACGACACGCCCGCCUUAGGCGUCGCGGAGCUCAUUGAAAAGGAGACCCUCGGAUACAUUAAGUACAUACUUUACGAGAAGACGAGCGAAGUAUUCGUCCAUGGUCCAGAUGCGAUACGCGACAAGGACCGAGGAGCUGUUGAUAUCCAGGAUUUCAUGCGAGACCCCAUUGUUAAGGAAGCGGAGCUGACUAUGGCCCACGUCGUGUCGUUGCGCUUCUACACGACACCAGGGUUCAAAUAUCUGAACUCACCUUUCCGGAACCAGGACCGGUAUUAUAACAAAGACAGGCCUCACCCCAUGCCCAUCACAAUGGCGUACAUUGCAGAGGGUAUCAAAAAGUUGCGUUCCGCAUAUGCGAUCAAGGUGGACGCAGGCAAAGCGAACUCGCAUUUGGUCCUCUGGCGGGGCCUGAGAAACAUGUACAUGCCAGAGGAUUUUCUCAAGAAUCGGAAGGGCGGAACGGAGUUGGCGCCAAUGUCCACCACGGCUAACAUUGAGGUAGCGGCGCGGUACGCGUGCAGCGGUGAGUCAGUGUUACUUAAGAUAUCUUUGGACAAUUUCAUGCAGUACGGAGCCGAGCUCGGUUGGCUCUCGGCUUUCCCAGGCGAGGUCGAGGUGCUCUACCCGCCCCUGACUUAUUUGCAGCCUACAGGCAAGCCGCCUCAGGUAGUGGAGCUGGGCACGGGCCACAAGUUUGUUGUUCAUGAGGUAACACCUUCUAUUCCGUGAGCGCUAGUGCUUGCGGUGAUUAUGUUCAGCAUUGGCGCGGAUUGAGAGCAUGUGGAUCUUCGAGGGGUCACCCGCGGACCGCAAGAGCGGCACCGAGCAUGUGCCAAUGUCCGCAACCUCGAGCCUCGAGGUGGCGGCGAAAGUACGCCAGCAGCGGUGAACGGAAAUUGUUGCAUGUUAUGUUGGACAUUUUUAAUCAGUAUGGGAAGGGAUCUCUAGUGGAUGUCAGUGUUUCCUGGGGUGGUGCAGCUGCUCGACUUGUUGCUGAUUAGAUUAUAUGCACAGAGAGCUGCAGGUGAUUAAGUGGGCGCAGAUGUUGGCACCGAAAGUGGUGUCAACCGUUUUUUAUAUGGUGUGUGGUAGUCUCGACCGCGGAGAGAGCCGCCGUUUCUUGCGCCCGACGAGGAGGCACAAGUUCACCGUGAAAGAGAUUAUGCCCAUUUGUUUAAAGGUUUGCAUAUUCCCUCCCACAGUUCUUUUUAUUUUACAUGGACGCGUCCCCAAUCGAGAGCAGCUCGGGGGGUGAGUAAUUCUUCCGUCCGUGCUGCUCCAGGCUGAGGGCGCUCUGACUUCCACGGCAGACAGAACUCUGGCCGACUGCGUGGGCACACGUGCGCAAGUUGCGCAUGUAAGGUUGCGCGCCCGCGCAGGCGCCCUCCGCUCCGAGCGAUUCGCUGGGGCUGGCGGUCCUCGUGAGCCGCCGCACAGUCGCCGUGGCCGUGUCCUCGUGCGUCAGCAUUUCUCGGUCUUUCUCUCGCGUCGCUCGACGCCUCGCUGUCUGCAGAAGGCAUCUUUUCACCACCACGGUCAGGGCCAUUACCAGCCCUAGUAUGGUGUAUACGCCAUCUAGGCCGAACGGGCGGAUGCAACCUGCCAGGGCCCAGGAUGGCCCGGGCCCAGCUUUGUGGUGGUGGUGGUGGUUUGUAGAUGGCUUCUGCGCACCUUGAGGCUCACAUACGCAGUGUCGUGUGUUUUUCCACCUGCGCCCCUCGAGGGCAGUCAAAAGAAGGCCUCUCCGUCCAUGUUCGGCUGCCUGCUCAUUGCUGGGCUGCCACCUAUGAUUGGCAGUGCCUUUCCUCGUCGU